AAAAAUGCCACAGAGAAGUAAAAUACUAUGUGGCAGUCCUUUUGAGAGAAAUACUGGUGAAAAUUAAGUGUUUAAACUUCAUUAGUCAUUACCGUAUUUUAUCCAUCCACCUGUUUCCCCACAUACUCAUCAAUGAUGCAGCGGUUCAUUUAUCACCUCGUUACUCCCAUAAUUAGCCACUUAAUUGAUCUGGACACAAUUGUCCAGGCGGAGUUGGAUGGACUGGUACCCUCUUGGUGGACAAAACAGGGGUUAGGUUUCCCUAUCUCAUAUUGACCUGAGGCAUUAAAGAUAUCAUUAUGGCUUCAUAUAUAAUUCAUUGGAUACUAGUGCCACUUCAUGAAUCAGGAACAAGCGUGUAGAGCAAACAGUGUGUGUAGAACUUCAUCAGUGCGAUGUGCUUGGUUAGCGGGAUAGUUUGUGAUGUUUAUGUCCAGAAUAAUGAAAAGCAAAUACUCAUCUCCACAAAACCUGGGCGUUUAGCAUUAGACGCUUCUACAGGCAAAGAUUGAACCAGAACUUGCUCAAACAUGAUGGAAUACAGCAACCCGAGUUUUACAGACGGAGACCAGGGAGAGGAAGAAAUGUACAAACCCAUUCAAAAUGGCGGUGCUAGAAAAUACCCCUAUCCGUACAUGCGGGAUCACGAUAACAGUGUCCACCGAGAAGCGGACGGGGUGGCGAUAUCUGACCUUCCGGGUGACCUUGGGGCCAGUGACCUUCAGCUCGCGGAUACAUGGAGUAUUAAAACAGACUCUUCCUCCUCCGAGUUAUCGAAGGAAGAAAAAAUAUGUCACGCUAUUGUUGGUGUUAUAAUUGCUGCUGGAGUUUUGGCAGGGGUUGUUUGUGUUGUUAUGUAUUUUGCUGUUUGGAGAGACACCUCACAAGGAACAAAGGAAAAAUAUUUUUUUGGAAAUCAAACUGUGAUUUGCAACGAAAAUUACACGGCGCCAGACCAGUCAAAUGGGACCACAUCCUGGCUAUUCCAGUGUCCGUCCAAUCAGUGCCAGACACCAGAGGGCGGUGCUAUCUACGGCUCCUGCUGCGUGAAAGGUCACUGUAGAUGCUACGGGGAAGGGUACAAUUCCUACACAUGUUUACCUGAGAUCCCAGGCUGUCAUGUCUUGCCUCACCAGUCUAGAGUAGCAGCGCCCCCUACAACAACCUUCAAAACCAGCCAGUCUGUAUACAGCUGUCUGAACCUCCAGCCGAGCAGUCCACGUGAGGUGCACAUCCUCGCGGCGUACACAAGCAAUAGUCUACUGCACCAGAUGCAGAACAGUGUUGAAAUGAGGGGAAUUACGGUGAACAUCACCAGAGAGGGGAAUUCUAGCAAGCAGGUGGUGCUGGCGCUGAGCUCAUUUGAGGCUGUGCAAUGGACUGUUGAUGUUCCUGCAGGAGUCAAUGUGUCUGAAAUUUUAUUGUUCUCUCCUAACAUAUACUCAACUGUGGUACCAGCUCGUCAUGGCUCAGCAGACAGCCCCAAGCUCCCUCUAGUGGCUAUAUUUCGCCAGCCAUAUGGAUAUGGUAUAGACAGUGAGGGAUACGGGUCCACGCCAGCAUUGUUAGAGUCUGUAGAGGAAGAGACGCAGACAAAGAUCACGUCCUUCACAGGGAGCUCAGUGGUGGAUAGAUUUGAGCUGACAGUGGGGCUCAUGUGAGAUGGCCUCUGUUAGAUGACUUAUGUUAGAUGACUUUUGUUAGAUGACUUGUGUAAGUCUGGCAAAUGAAAUAGUAUGACAGUGGCAUUUUCUUAAUUUUUUAAUGAACCCCUACUUAUGAUAUAAGGUGGUAGGUUAGUUUGCAGUCUGUCACAAAUACUGGAGUUAAAACUAAUACACAAUAAGUCGAUCUUAUUUUUGACCAUGUUAAGGUUGCAUAAAUCAAGAGCUUGAAAACGAGAUAUUAAUUCCAUAUGUUUAUUUAUUUAUUUAUUUAUUUAUUUAUUUAUUUAUUUCGUAGUUAAGUGAUAACUUCUAUCAGGUGCUUCAAAAAGACCAGUUUCAUGUAUUUAUUUACUUAUUUAUUUUCCAGUACCAUUACAUAUCUCUACUAUUUUCUUUUAUCAUUUAUUUUAUCAUUAGAUUAUUCUGUGUUAUCAUAUCAAAUGAACUGUUUUAGCAGAAAGAAAAGCAGUAGUUAGUUCACUGACCUCAGUUUACAUAUUAUCUGUUUAUGAUAUUCUAUUGUAUGACUUGAGAUUAUAGUAAAGUUUAAGGUUAUAGUUUAUGGCU